CACACACACACACACACACACAUCAGUUCAGCGGUGUGUGUGAGAGACUCAAGAGGAUUUUAGAAUGCUCAGUGGCUGGUGGGACGAGUAACGAUGAGUGUAACAUCAUGGUUUUUGGUGAGCAGCUCCGGCACUCGGCACCGCUUACCGCGAGAGAUGAUCUUUGUGGGCCGUGAGGACUGUGAGCUCAUGCUGCAGUCCCGCAGUGUAGAUAAACAGCAUGCUGUAAUUAACUACAAUGCUGCUACAGAUGAGCACUUGGUGAAAGACCUGGGCAGUUUAAAUGGGACCUUUGUGAAUGACCUGAGGAUUCCUGAUCAGACGUAUAUCACACUUAAACUCUCGGACAUCGUUCGGUUUGGAUAUGAUUCCCAUGUGUAUGUUCUGGAGCGAAGUCAACACAGAGUACCAGAGGAGGCUCUGAAGCAUGAGAAAUACACAAGCCAAUUGCAGAUGGAAUUAAAAUCCUGUGAGCUGAAAAGAUAGAGCUACAGGAGGACAGAACAAAGACAGACAGAAUCUUCGAUGUCUCGUCCAACUCCUUUAUAUGGACAGCCCUCAUGGUGGGGUGAAGAAGAUUCAGGAAGUAAAGAUUUCAUUAAUGAAGCACGUAAAACAGACGAAAAUCAAUCAGAAAUCCUGAAGGAAACAGAAGUUAACGGCUCUCUUCAGGAAUUACGUGAUGGCCAAAGCAAGUCUACGUUUUUGUACCUCCGAGAACCGAGUUAUUUUGAGAUUCCCACUAAGGAAAUUCAAACACACUCCAACUUUGCAGAAAUAGAGCUGAACGACAUUCCCACUAAGGACACAGAUGCUUUACCAAAAUCCACUCCACCUGUUUACCAGAGCCAUGCCUCCUUCACCAUCGAGUUUGAUGAAUGUACACCAGGAAAAAUUAAAAUCAAAGACCAUGUGACCAAAUUCUCAUCUCGCCAGCGCAGUAAACAUUCGAGUACUAAAGUGAGCAGCACUGCACCAAAUGAGGUCCAGUCUCCUGAGAGCAAGGUUGCUGAUUGGCUGGUUCAUAGUGACGUUGGCAUGAUGUCAUUGAGACGGCCGACUAGUGACGAUGUGUACAGCACUAAGAGUGACCUUGCAUUGCACAUCAGGACUCUCAAAGGUCACCAUCAUGAAGAUGGCACUCAGAGUGAUUCUGAAGAUCCUGUAAUAAAUGGAAAGAGGAGUAAAUCUCAUCACUCAGUUCAAUCGGAGGAAUCAAGCGUGUCAAAAAUAUUGGAACCAUCUGAUUCUUACAAACCUCAGUCACCAACUACAAAUACUCAUGAAUUCUCCAGUGUACUUGAAGGAAGUGAAGUAGAAGAACCUUUACAUUCAACUCAAAGCCAAAUCAAAUGUGUGCCUCAGGAAAGUCUGAGCCAGCAGGCCUUUAUUAUUGAGUUUUUUGAUGAUAAUCCACGUAAGAAACGUUCCCAGUCCUUCACCCACAAUUCUGUGCAUGGAGAUAAUUAUUCAGCUCUCAAAGCGAAACUGGAGAGACGUAAAGGAGCUGAAAGACCUGCAUCUGUUCAUGGUAGCAUUCCUCCUACGCAGCAAAUCACGGUCCCUCUAAAGGGCUUCAGUCACACUGCUCAUAAAAGAUCAAGCUCACUAAAGAGGGAAAAAACAGAGGAUGCAACAAGCAAAGGUGGAACUUCCCCUUCCUCCUCUGGCACUUCCUGUUCCAUCACUUCCUCCUCCUCUCGCUCCUCUCCAGCAAUCACCAUCAAACCUUUUGGAAGCAUUGGAAAGAAAUCCAAACUUGCUCAAGAAUUUGUUCAUGAGUUUCUUAAUGAAUCAUCCCCUCCGAUGUCAGCACCACCAGUGAUGAUGUCACCAUCACAGACAAAUCUUCCAUCUCCAGAGGACAAACGUGUAUGUGCACCAUCCUCCAUGUCUUACCCCACCUCUCCAUCCCAGAUGCAUAAACAGCAUCUGCCCCAAACGCUUCUUCCAGCUUCUUUUCCUGUUUCUGUCCUGACCUCGCCUUCAGCUGUGGCUCCAGAUUCCUGUGUUUCAGCCUUACCUCCAUUUACUCCUAUAUUGGGCCCUGGAUCAGAUUCUAAACCCCUCAGAACACAACCUAAAGGCCCUGGAGCAAUUCGUACGGAAGAGGAGGACAGUUUAAGUGAUGCUGGUACUUACACUAUUGAGACUGAGUGUCAGGAUAAAGAAGUGGAGGAAGCUCGUAGUAUGAUUGAUCAGGUGUUUGGAGUGCUGGAUGCUCCGGAAUACAGCGGAGUUUACAGACCAGUCAUCAAUGAGCAAGAAAUAUUAAACCAGUCCCGAGCUGAAAUCAUGAACACAUCAGCAGAAGAUCUUAAUGAUCUUAAUUCAAGCAUUAGUGGAGAUCCAGAAAGCUUUCUACAGGAACAUUCUGAUCUGAGUGGACCGAGGUGGGUGUCUCGGUGGGCAAGUUUAGCAGAUACCUACAGCGACUCUGGAACUGCAGUGGCACCUUCACAAGGAACUGUUCCAUAUCAAGAUAUGAAAGCAGGACUGAGCGUGAGUAUGGAUCAUUCUGAAUCAGAGUGUACUCAGAGCUCCAAAACCAGACGUCUUCUUCCUCAGGUUCCUUCUGCAGUAGAAAAGCAAGAGAGUAACCCUCCAUGUAUCCUGAUCCGGACCGAGCCAAGCAUGGAAUGUGAUUCAUCUGAAAAGGUUCCUAGAACAUCGCAUUUGGAUUCCACUCAGAGGCUAAAGGUUCAAGAAGAUGUGGAUCAUGAUAGCCUUAGUGACACCAGUCGUUCUGAUGACAGCUCAAUCCUGGACAGGAGCUCAAAGAGUCAAGAGCUUUACAGAAUGACAGCAUCAUUAAUAUCUGAAAAAAUCCAACCCAAGGCCACUUCUUUCUACAUUGGCUCUGAGGAGGCCUCCUAUAAAUCAGAUGCAUCUCGGAGUCAGGUUCUUUCCCAAAAUGAGCGAGCUGCUUCUCCCAAGAUACCUCCAACUACAGUCCUGAUACGCCACCUCAGUAGCCAUGAGUCCACACGAGGUAAAGCGAACUCAUCAGCACCCAAUCUCCAAACCCAUCACAAAGACUCAGUUCCUACCAAAGACCCUCCAUCAUCCUUUUUUGUUCGCCAGGAGAGCUUCACCAAAGAUCGACCAAGUGACAACAUCCAGGUGAAAAGGCUUCCUCACAUCUCCAGUCAUCCAACUUUACGGGAUUUAGGUACUGUAGGAAAUGAAGGAGAAACUUUGUCAAAAGACAGCAAGCAAUCCUCAUCUUCUCAAAGGCAGAAAAAGGGAAGUUCUCCAGAACAGGCAGAAGAUUCUCUUUCUGGUGAAUCAGAUGUGGACACAGCUAGCACUGUGAGCUUAGUGAGCAGUAAAAAUGUGCCUGUUAGUACAGUGAAGAAGCAUGCAUCUUCUAGUGCACCUCGUAAGACUAAAUCCUCCUCGGGUUCAUCUUCUCAGGAGAAAAGCAAACAGCCAACAGCUCGGGAACGACUUUCAGAAAAACGUCGCAGUCAUGCAGUUACGGAAAACAGUGGUGCUAAAUCAGAACCUGUGCGUCGUCUCCAUUUACGCCGCAGCACCGGAACCAGCGGCUCAUUAGAUUUCUCUGACAAUCAGCAAAUCCAUAGCCAAACUGAAAGCGCUUCUUCUGAUCACGAAUCAACACCACGACCUUCUAGUCGCAAGAAACUCUCAGUAUCCCAGCAAAUCCAAGAACCAAUCAAAUCCAGUAAAGCGGCUCACCAGGUCCUGACACGAUCCAACAGUCUCUCGGCUCCUAGGCCAACGCGGGCCUCCAUGCUGCGCCGUGCUCGGCUUGGAGAAACAUCUGAUAAUGAAGGUGUGGAAAUGGAUCGAGCAUCUCAGGAUUCAGAACAAACUAGACCCUCCGGAGACACCAAAAAGCUCUCUAGACUGGACAUUUUAGCCAUGCCUCGUAAACGCACCGGAUCUUUCACCACCCCGAGUGAUAACGAAUCACUGAGCAAACAAACACAGAGCCGUCCUCCUGAAGCGAGCGCUAACGGCCGUAGACUGUCCACAAGUGACACUAAACCAACCAACAAAAUUUCUCCAACAGCAGAGAAACAACCGUCCCAUCGCACAUCUAUCAAUCAGACCAAACACCCUGGCAGCAGCAGUUCUCAACGCAGACAGAAAGGUUCAGAUUCCUCCACAUCAGAAGAAGAGCGUGAUGUGGGCUUGAAAACCAAAUCCUCUCACACUUCAACCUCGACUCAGACACAAACUCCACAAAGACUCGUUCCCACCAGGCUGGAGUUAGAAGAUGAUGAAGCACAAAACGAGCACUAUCAGAACUGGACCAAUCACAGUGCAGAGAUCGCCAGGCUGAGUCAGGACCUGGCCAAAGAUCUGGCUAUUCUUGCACGUGAAAUCCAUGAUGUUGCAGGAGAAGCUGAGACACACACACCUGCAGGGGCGGGGUACAGCACUCCAGCUGGCUCCGCCCCAACCACACCUGCAUCCACUAUCUCUGCCCGAGAGGAGUUGGUACAUCACAUUCCAGAUGCCAGUCUGAGUUAUCAGAAAGUCCCUGCAGGUUCUCCGAGUCCAGUGGAUCAAGAGAGUGAUGGAAGUAAACGACGUGCUUGGAGCAGAGAAGAGGUGAUUCUGGACAAUCUGAUGCUGAACCCAGUGUCACAGCUCUCCCAGGCCAUCAGAGCAAAUACAGAACAACUCACUGAGAAGAUGAAGUCUUUAUUUCACGGUUCUACAGAAGUCUGGGAGGAGAUUGAAGCUAAAAUGAACACUGAAGAUGAAGUUCCUAUUAUCAAAACCUCCAACAAAGAGAUUUCCUCCAUCCUGCAGGAGCUGAGAAGGGUACAGAGACAGCUGGAGGUGAUUAACUCCAUUGUGGAACCUGGAGGAGCUGUGAAGAUCACAACACCACCUACAGCUGGAAAAACUAAACCUACACCUGCAAAUACCAAACGAGGGGCUAAAUAAGUGGUGUGUGUGUUUGGGGGGGGUAAAUAACAACCCCGGGGAAUGACGUUUGUUUAGUUUAGUAAUCGCUGCUG